AUGGUCGCCUUCGAUAAGUGUGAUACCCGACCGGCCCAUAUCGACGCCAUUCUCAAUGGCCUCGAUCGGUACAACCCCGAGACCACCACCGUCUUCCAGGACUACGUGGUGCAGCAGUGCGAGAACCGGGUAUUCGACUGCUACGCCAACCUGGCUUUGCUGAAGCUGAUCGCAGAACCAGUGACUAACAUGCGCACUUCCUCGAUCCAUAGCUACCAGUUCAACCCUCACCUCCUCCAGCCUGACACCGUCACCAAUGUCCUUGUCAAGGCCCUGACCGUGUUCCCCUCCCCCGCUUUCUCGCUCUGCCUCUCCCUGCUCCCCGCCAACACUCAGCCUUUCGCUGCCACCCAAGAGGCUCAGGCUGCCUCCCAAAACUCCGACUUCGUCGAGUCCGUGCAGAAGCUCUCCCGCCUGUCUACCCUCCUCGAGUCCGCUCAGUACACCCAGUUCUGGUCCACCCUUAACUCCGACGACUUGUACGCCGAUUUGACCGCUGAUGUCGCUGGCUUCGAAGAGUUGGUCCGCAUCCGCAUCGCCGUCGAGGUUGGCAAGUCUUUCCGUUCCAUCACCACCGAGUCCCUGGAGCAAUGGCUCGACCUGCGCAACGGCGAGGCUCUCGAGAAGUUCGUCACUGAUGUCUGCGGCUGGAAGGUCGACGGCACCGCUGUUACCGUUCCUACCAACAAGGAGAACGAGGCCCGCAGUGAGGUCAAGAGCGAGCGUGUCGGUGUCGACAUGUUCGGCCGUGUGAUUCGUCGUGGCUUCGAGCUGCCCGUGUAA